AUGUCCAUUCAAAGCCAAACCGGUGCCAUCUACGGCCUCAUACGCGACGGAAAGCUACCGGAGGCCAUCUCUAGGCUGCAGGGCGCGCUGCAGGUCUCGCCGGGCAGCCGCGCUGCGCUGUCCCUGAUGGCCCACUGCUACUACCACCAGGAGGACUAUGAGGCGGCGGCCCACACGUAUUGGGAGCUGGCGCGGCGCUUCCCCGAGGUGCCUCGGUACCAGCUGUACUGGGCGCAGAGCCUGUGCAAGGCGGGCAUGUUUGCAGACGCCAGCCGUGCCGCCGCCGCGGUGGAGGGCUUCCCGCAGGCAAGCCCUUCUGGCUCACCCCGCUGCGUGCAGGAGGUGAGCCAGCUGCAGGCGGCCAUCAAGUAUGAGGCCGGCGACCUGCGGGGCUGCCGUGCCGCGCUGGAGGCAGCCCUGGCCAGCGGCGACCCGUCCGCCGCCGCCAACGCCGGCUGCCUGCUGUACAAGGAGGGGCAGUACGCCGCCGCCGCCGCGCAGUUUGGUGCCGCCUCCGCGGCGGGGGGCCACACGCCGGAGCUGGCGUACGCUGUGGCGGCAUGCCAGUACCGCCAGCACGACUUCCCGGCAGCGCUGGCCAGCCUGGCGGACAUUGUGGAGGCGGGGGUGCAGCAGCACCCGGAGCUGGGCAUCGGAACGCAGACCGAGGGCAUGGAGGCGCGCAGCGUGGGCAACAGCGCCAAGCUGAAGCAGACUGCGCUGGUGGAGGCCUUCAACCUGCGGGCGGCGGUGGAGCUGACGCUGGGCAACCCGGCGGGCGCGGCGGCGGCGCUGAGCGACAUGCCGCCACGGCAGGAGCGCGAGCUGGACCCCGUCACCCUGCACAACCGCGCGCUGGUGGGGCUGGCGCAGGGCGGCGCCGCGGCGCGCGAGGCGGGUAUGCACAAGCUGGCGCACCUGCUGUCCCACCCGCCCUUCCCGCCGGAGCUGGCCGGCAACCUGCUGUCCCUGUGCUGCCGCCCCGACGAGGCCGGCGGCAGCGCGGGAGGCCGGCUGCUGCAAGACCAUGCCGCGCUGGUGGCGGCGCACGUCCCCGCCGAGCUGCUGCCGCUGUACGAGGCCUGCCUGGCGCGGCGGCGGUCAGAGGAGGAGGCGGCGGCCAGGCUGGAUGCGGCGGCGGGGGUGCACAUCGAGGGGCUGCGCCGCCGCGUCAAGGCGGUGCAGGAUGCGCGGUGGGCGGGCGACCAGGCGGGCGCGGCGGCUGGGCUGGAGGCGUAUGAGCAGGCCUUGGAGGCAUACAUACCAGUGCUGAUGAGCCUGGCGCAGGUUCACUGGGAGGCGGGGGCGUACGGGCGGGUGCAGGAGGUGCUGCAGCAGUCGGCCGAGUUCUGCUCCGACCACCCCACCUGGCGCCUCAACCUGGCGCAUGCGCUGGUCGCCCAGGAUGGAGGGCGGGUGGCCGAGGCAGCAGAGCUCUACGAGUCCCUGGUGCAGCACUUUGCGGGAGGCAGCGGCGGCGGCGGCGGCGGCGGCGGUGGCAGCCUGCUGGAGGUGCCCCCCAGCGCGCUGGCCAACCUGUGCGUGUGCCACGUGGUGGCGGGGCAGAACGAGGUGGCCGAGGAGCUGCUGCGCAGGCUGGAGGACGAGUCGGCGGCGGCGGCGGCGGGCGGCCAGCCGCCCACGCCCCACCUGCCCCUCACCAACCUCGCCAUCGGCACGCUGUACUGCGCCAAAGGCAUCUGCCACCCCCUACCUGCAGGAAACUUUGAGUUUGGCGUCACGCGGGUGAUGCGCAGCCUGGAGCCGCUGCCGGGCGGGCUGGACGCGGCGCGGUGGCGCGGCGUGGCGCUGUGCCUGCUGGUCCUGCUGGACCAGGUGGCCAAAAACAUGCUGGUGCUGAAGGAUGCCCUGGUGGCCGACCUGCUGGCAUACCUGGAGGACGUGGAGGCGGCGGGCGUGGGCAUGGCGGCCGCACCCAUGGGCCCCGUGCCUGCGCAGGCCAGCGGCGGCGGCGAGGCAAUGCGGCAGCAGACAGUGGCCUCCCAGGCCCGCGGCUUGCGGGCCAUUCUGAUGCAGAUCAGUGAAUGA